AUGAACGUGACGGAUGCGCUGAGGCAGCAGGGACGGACUCAGCUGCUUAACAUCUUCAGACGGUUCAAAGGGGACAAGUGCCUUUUUUUCGAGAGGUCUCUGCAUAUCCUCCUCAACGUGGUCCUAAACGACGAUGACAUUAACAAAGAACGCAUAGAGCAUGUAUUUCUCCUGGAAAACGAAACAGAAGUUAACGUGAGCAAACUGUACAAUGUUUCCAAUAUCCUAUUCUUUCUCCGCCCCCACUUUUAUGAAAUCGAAAAUGUCUUCAAACUAAUUGAAAGGAUUGCAAAAAGUGAAAGCGGCAAAUUAGGAGGAGGCCAAGGCGGAGGGGGAAAGCUUGGAGGGGAACCCCCUGGGGGUGGUAGAAAGUAUGCCCUCGUGUUCAUUCCUUACAUGACUCCCAUGUGCCAGGCCGAAAUCUUAAAGCACAACUUGUUGGAUAUCCACAUACGCGUGAUUGUCUUCCCUCUUUACUUCUUCCCACUGUACAAUGAUGUGUUCAGCCUAGAGAUAAAGGGACUCUACAAGGAGUAUUACGUAGACAGCGAUUUCACCAGCCUCCUCAUGUGUUCUUUCAGCCUCAUGUUUUUGCAACACCUCUUUGAUGGUGUGUUCAAAAGUAUCAAAUCUUUGGGACACUUGUCACACUUCAUAGUAGAGCAGUUAAUACAACUGAGGAAGGAAAUUGUCUCGAUGAACUUCGACAUCCAGGCGUCCAAUAAGUUUGACGAAGAUUUCCUAGACAUCCUGAACAAUUUGCAAAACAUGCAGGACGUCAGACAUUUCCAAGAUUCAGGCCAACCACCCGUCAUCCCGGUGAAGUACGCUCUGCAUAAAAUUUUCCUCUCGGAGCGCGCACGCCGCAGGAGGACGAGCAGCAGGAGUCCCAGCACCAGAAGGGAGCCGCUCGAUAAAGGCAACCAGAAGAGGACCACUCCGGGAAAGACGCCCCCUCGGGAGAACAAAAAUAGGGGAAAUAAAUCCCAAAGGGGAAGGGGCGCGGAGGAGGAAGAUGAAGCUGAGCAGGGUGGUGAAGAUGGUGAUCGCAGUGACGAUGGCGGUGAAGAUGCCGAUCACAGUGACGGUGAAGGGGACAGUGAUAAUGAUGGAAACCGUGAUGAUCAAGAUAACCAGGACCAUGGCCAUGCGGCGGAGGGAGACCCCCCCGGAGGGAGCGAAGGGGCGCCAGAGGAAGCGGCGGAAAAGACACUCGAGGGAGAGGAACACACACCCGUGGAAUGGACAAGAAAGCGAAACGAACAAUCGAUAAAGAGGGAGAUGCCAUCACAGGGAACACUCGUAGAAACCGGAGCCGCGCCAAACGAAGGGGUAAAUACCGACUCUGAUUCGGACCGGUCAGGGAACUCCAGAGGAGAGGGAAUUAAAAGAAGAGACACCUCCAACAGUGGCAGGGAUGGAAAUAAAAGUUCAAGCUCCUUUGGGAGAAGUGGCGGAAAGAGGGAGGAAGGAAUGUCCCCCAGUGGAGGCCAUACAGAGGGGGAGAUAAAUCGAGCCGUCCAGGAGGGGAGAAGAAAGGGAGGCUCACGUCGCCGUCCCUCCAAAGGGGAAAACAAAAGGGUAAUCAAAUCAUUGCAGAGGAAGAAAAGAAGAGACUCAUCGGAAGAGGCAUAUCUGAUGGACGAAGAGUACGAGAGUGGCUCAGCAAGCACAGGUCCAAACUUCAUGGCCAAGGAAGACAAUACGAACUUCCUAUUGAAAAGAAAGGAUAAACAGAAGAUGGAAAGGAGAAGCAAAAAGGAGAAAAGCUACCUGCAGGAGAAGCUAGGGGUAUCCAACUUUAACUUCCUCCUUAAUGUAUCCACGAAGAUUGACUCCUGUGUAAUCAUCGAUCGGAAGAUCGACAUGGUGACACCAUUCUGUACCCCCUUUACAUACGAGGGACUACUAGACCAUCUGUUUGGCAUCUCAAACUUACAGAUAGAAGUCCCUCGAUAUAUUAUAUUUAACGAGAUGAGUAAUCCAGGUGGGGAGGACAAAGGGGAAGCCAAAUGGGAGAGGAAAGAACAAGAGAGCCAACACAACAGUGAUGUUCUAAAAAACAUGAUGGUGAGGAUAAAGCUGAAGAACUCGGUUGAUGUGCUCUACAACGACAUAAAGGAUCUGAGUCCAAAUAAAGUCGGGUUCUACCUUCACAACAAAGCUAGCGAAAUACAGAAAACGUACAAGGAAAAGGAAACCCUGAAAGAUAUAGAAGAGAUAAACACAUUUUUGAAAAAAAUUAAAGUGAAGCAUUAUGAACACAACUCCUUGUCGACUCAUGUGAACCUUGCUUCCUUCAUCCUGACCACAAUGAAGAAAGAAGCCAACUUUAACAAACUCAAAUUGGAAGACGAAAUAAUACAGUUGAAUAGCACAUCCAAUAGGACCAUUCUACAUAACAUCGUCCAGCAGAUUCAACUUCUUAUAUACUCUAAUGAGGACAUCUAUGAAGUGUAUCGACUUUUGUGUCUCUUCUCUGUGGUGACAAACGGUUUCAGUGAGACCUAUACCAAUGAACUCAAAAAAGACAUCCUUGAGAAUUAUGGCAUAAGAGAACUGAGUCGUAUAAAUAAGUUGCAUCUGUGUAACAUUUUAAAACAUCAGUCGAAGCAGAAAUUCAUUUGGAGCUACCUGAGAAACCAUUUUAACCUACUCUCUAAUGAGCACAACGAUAUAUCAUACGUUUGCAAUGGGUACGCUCCUCUUUCCGUGAGGCUAAUAGAAUACAUGGGAAUACUAAAGAACAACAUGCAGGCUUUCCCAGAGAUCUUUAACUUAUUGAGCGGACCUACGCUCGACAUUGUGCAGAAUGCCGUUGGGUAUGGCAAGUUUGGCGUCGACGACAAGGGGAAGAAGGCACUCUGGGGGGGAGACCCGGAGGGGUACAAGGACAUCGUGCUGCUUUUCUAUGUGGGCGGCAUUUCCUACGCGGAGAUCGCCGCCAUCCGCAACUUGAACACACACAGCCGGGGGUACCACUACUUGAUAUUCACUACGGAGGUCAUCAGCUCUAAGCGGCUUCUGCAGGAGCUGGCGGCGCCAUAG